GCGACCGUCACUCCUGCUCUCACCUAUACCUAAAGCAACUACAGGCUCUCAUCCCGACGCUUCCAGCGCUGCUCAAAAGCAUGCACCGGCAGCGCCCGCCUUGGGACAUCCCAUAAGCCAGCCUACACACGAUAGCCUACAGUACCGCCUCCAAUGAUCGUAAGCUCUUCUCGUGCAGUGCUCACGACGAUCUCCUGUACGUGCACGGUUACGGGGGCGACCUCUGGGCCCGCUAAGUUGGCCGCGUUCUCUCUGGUCGCAUGGAGGUUGCGACCUCUAGAUCCGCGAAGACCCAAGCGAGCCCACUCAUCCUUACGGCCGUCCACCUACAGUCGGCGGUCCCAGCUCGAUGCCCAAGAAGAAGGCAUCAGUCAAUGCAUAUCCUACAUCGGAGUCGACGUCGUCCCUCUCUUCGUCAAGCAUGGUCUGCCUGCGCCGGAGCCGCCUGCAUCAGAUCCGGAUGUACGACGCCUUCAUGUGCGCAUGAUGCCUUCCGAGUCUGUGUUAGUCUCCUCGAGCCCCUCGAGCCUCCCCCGGCUCCUGGGCGACUUGGAGAGGCUCUCCUCUCGUAUGACCCGAGUCAUGGGUCAUCACGAGCAUCGUCUGCUUGUUCCGAAAGAGCUGCGUACCCCAGUGGAAACGCUUGCACGGACCUCAACGAAACCAGUGCUCACCGAGGGCCGUUCUCGCGGAGAAGGGCGGGGCAGGCGCCGUGCGUACAACAUCAGCCGCAAGGGUGCGUCCGCCUCUGCCAUUGCCAUUUUGUGUGUGGUGCCUAACGUCAUCACAACGUUCUCGCAGACACGGAAUAGAGGUCGUGCCGCGCACCGCUAAGAUAAUGUUCACUCUGUCGAGGAAGCUUACGCCAGAGGGUGCAACUUG